UCAAAAUAAAUCACACUGCAAGUUCAUUUCACCGAAUAAAUUUUGCGAAAAAGGACCUUUUUAACGAUGAUAGAGGAGCAAGAGACGAACGAUGACGAACAACUACCACUUAGCUUCUGCCAACGGCGUCACUUGACCUUCUCCGGAGCCGGAGAUCUCAAUUUUAUCAACAAAAAUUGGCGUAUGAAAGAACGGAUGAAAACUGUGAGUGUUGCUUUGGUUGUGUGUCUAAAUGUCGGCGUAGAUCCGCCGGAUGUCGUGAAAAUUCAACCGUGUGCCAGAUUGGAAGCGUGGAUCGAUCCCUCAACAUUAUCGCCAGCGAAGGCAAUCGAGUUAAUAGGUAAAAAUUUGCAAGCACAAUACGAAAGAUGGCAGCCGAAAGCGAGAUAUAAACAAUCCUUGGACCCCACAGUGGAAGUUGUGAAGAAACUUUGUACGUCGUUGCGGCGAAAUGCGAAGGAAGAACGCGUUUUAUUCCAUUACAACGGGCAUGGGGUGCCUCGACCGACGACAAAUGGCGAAAUUUGGGUCUUCAACGAGAAAUACACGCAAUACAUCCCGCUCUCCAUCUACGACUUGCAAACUUGGAUGGGUGCGCCGUCAAUUUACGUCUACGAUUGCUCAAAUGCCGGCACAAUUGUCAACUCCUUCAACAUGUUUGCCGAACAGCAUGAACGCGAAAUGGAUCAAUUGCCUCCCGGAUCGAAUCCCGGCAGUAGAAAUUCACCCGCAGGAUCACUUUCGGGCUCGUCAUACAAAAAUUGCAUCCAAUUGGCGGCUUGCGGCGCAAAUCAAAUUCUUCCGAUGAAUCCGAAUCUUCCGGCGGAUCUGUUUACCUCUUGCCUCACGACGCCCAUCAAAAUAGCUUUAAAGUGGUAUACGUUGCAGAAAAAUUCUAGUCUUGUGCCGAAUGUAUCGUAUGACUACAUAGAAAAAAUCCCGGGACAAUUGAACGACAGAAGGACGAUGUUAGGAGAACUAAAUUGGAUUUUCACUGCCAUUACAGAUACGAUUGCUUGGAAUAUCUUACCACGUGACUUAUUCCAGAAACUUUUUAGACAAGAUUUACUCGUUGCCAGCUUAUUCCGUAACUUUUUGCUGGCUGAACGGAUUUUACGGCAUUACGAUUGCACGCCAAUUUCGAAUCCCGCGUUACCCGAAAGCUACAGGCAUCCCAUGUGGGAUUCGUGGGACUUGGCACUCGAUCAAACACUUUCACAACUUCCUGACAUCAUUGAGAAACAAGUACCUUUUAAAAAUUCACCAUUUUUUGAAGAGCAGCUAAGAGCUUUUGAAGUUUGGCUCGAAGGAAGCUCCGAAAAACGCACGCCUCCCGAGCAGCUACCGAUCGUCUUGCAAGUUUUACUCUCGCAAGUGCAUCGAACUCGUGCCUUAGAGCUAUUAGGUCGCUUUUUGGAUCUCGGACCAUGGGCUGUCAACUUAGCGCUGAGUGUUGGCAUCUUUCCUUACGUUUUGAAGCUUUUACAAAGUUCCGCCGUCGAAUUGAGACCCUUUUUGGUCUUUAUUUGGGUGAAAAUUUUAGCAGUUGAUUGUACAUGUCAAAUCGAUUUAGUAAAAGACGGUUACCACAAAUACUUCCUGACGGCAUUGCUGGACCAACAAGUGAACCGUUGCAUCUUCUCCGAGGACUAUCACACCUAUGCAGCUUUCGUUCUCGCUUCCAUCGUUCACAAUUUCCCCAUUGGACAGGAAAAUGCCUUAAACGGAACGUUACUUUCGAAUUGUUUGUUGCAGCUAACGGCAAAUCCGAACCCCAAACUGCGUCAAUGGCUGAUUAUUUGUCUCGGAAAUUUGUGGCAAAAUUUCGAACGUGCCCGCUGGUCAGGAAAUCGUGAUAAUGCCAUCGAAAAAUUGAAUCCUUUUCUCGUGGAUCCCGUUCCGGAGGUACGAGCAGCUGCUGUUUAUGCCAUGGGAACGUUUAUUAGCUCCGUGACAGUUCGUACGGAACAAGCAAAUACCAUGGAUCGCCCAAUUGCGUCGUAUUUACUGUCAAAAGUCGUUUCCGAUGCAAGUCCCAUUGUGCGAAUCGAACUUCUUGCCACACUUCAAUGGAUUGUGAUCUUUUUCGAGAAUCAGUUUAUGCAAAUUUUCCUUCAAGAACCCAGCGGAUCGGCAGCUGCCUUGCAUCCGCUCAAUACUCACAGCUUGGAACGCAUGCGGCGCGUCUCGAGUAACAGCAGCAUGUCGAACCAAAGUACCUUGAUCAAAUUCGACUCGAUAAAUAUGAAUGUUUGGCAUAGUUUGAUGAAUUUAUGUCGGGAUCCGUAUCCGGAAGUAGCAAAAUUAGCUCAUCAAAUAGUAACUCACGUCAGUAGUCAAGCAAUUGCUUUGUAUACCGCUAAGGAAGGCACUCCGGAGUCACAUUUGUUGAGUGUUAGUUUACCGCCGAGCCCGAAUACGCGAACGAGCUUCUUGAGUGAAUCGCCUCCCAUUCAUCAUAACAACCACAUGCCUCAUUCGCGACGAAUUUCGACGAACGACGAACCCGAUGCCAGUUUACUCGUGCAAUCGACUCACAAUCGCUUCCAGCUGAACCAAUUAAACACGUCGGCGAGCGGAAUUGAGCUUCGGGCACGACUUUCGGACUCGCAUUCCGCCAAUAAUAGUCUCACGGAUGGCGGGCACUUUGACGAGCUGCAUCGAAAUAUCAAGCCAAUCAUCACAACGAAUUACCUCAAAUGGAGUGUCGGAUAUUUUGUGCGACAAUCGAAGAAACGACCCGAUAUUCCGGGCAACGAUGCUUCCCCAACCGCUUUUUCCGGUGAUAUUUUGAACGAAGAGUCCAUCAAGUACAUCGAUCGCUUGGAUCGGCUCAAACGCAAUGCCCGCAUCCGUCAAGAAGGCCUAAAAGAACAGAAAAAAGUCAUUUUUAAUCGUUUAGAAAACCAAAUUUACACCGGAAGAACCCAAUGUACCCCAAUAACCCUCAAAUUACAUCCUUACGAAUCAAUUAUCGCCGUCGCCUACAAAGAUCGCGUCGCUUUGCACGAUUGGACCAACAGCACAACGCACACUUUAAUCCCAGCCAAACUUCCGCAAGCCCCCAUCACGGGCAGCAAACAUUUCGCACCCUUCAUGAACCAACAACAAACCUCGAUUUACGUGAAUUCGCUGAAUUUUGUCAACGAACACGACGAAUUUCUCGUAAUGGUGGGUUAUGUCAACGGCGUUGUACGAAUUUGGAAUCGGAAUGUCGACAAAGAGGAGCCUCAGCUUGUGACAGCGUGGCAAGCCAUCGGAGAGCCGUCGGCGAAGAAAAAUAUUAAUCUUGUGACGGCUUGGCAUCAGCGAUCGCAGACAAUUUUCGCGGCGGGAGAUUCGAAAUACGUGAAAUUAUGGAAUGCGGAGCAAGAAUUGCUGCUAAGUGAUAUUCCGACGGGCACCGAAAGUCAAGUUGUGGAUAUUGUGUGUGCGAGAAAUGGAAUUUUCGCUGUGGGAUGCGGCGAUGGAAGUAUAAGGCUGUUUGAUCAGCGAUUGCCGAUCAAUAAUUGUCGGAUAGGGACGUAUUGCGAGUACAAUCAGUCGGUGUUGGCGGUUUGUUUGAGACGCGAUUGUGAGAAUAUGGUAGCAGCAAGCAAAAACGGCAACGUUCGCCUCUUUGACACGCGAAGUAAAAAAUCCAUAAUGAGCUGGGAUACGGUUCCCGAUGUGACAAGUGUAGCAAUCCAUGAAUCUGCAGAUGUUAUUGCAUGCGGCGCUCAAAGCAGCAUCACAAUCUACGGCAUGGACAGUCGUCAAUUGAAUCAAAUCAAAAGUCAGGGUUUCAUGGGACCUCGGGUCUCGCCAGUUAAUUGUCUCUCCUUUCACAAGCACAAAGUCAGCUUGGCAAGUGGCUUUGUCGAUAACACGGUUGCCGUUUUCUCCGUUUGAUAAGACGUGGAAUUAUAUUUAUUAUAAAUUUGUCAUCAGGGUUUUAUUUUUAUGAAGAAAAAAAAAAAAAAAAAAUACAAAAAACUACUCGCUCGCAGUUUUGUGGCCAUAAGAAAUUGAUUUAUAUAAUUAUAAUGUACAUUUUUAUUAUAAAAAAAAAUAUUUUUUUUUGUUUAUAUAUUCAGUAAAGCUAUAAAUGUAGCGACAAAAGAAAAGCUUUAUUAUUGUAAAAUUU